AUGACGCGCACGCUAGGGUUCAUUGGGUUGGAUAAAUUUCGAUGCCGCAACGGAGAGUGUAUAGCGGGCGACUUGUUGUGCGACGGCAAAGCGAACUGUAGAGAUGCGUCCGACGAAACGCAGAGCGAAUGUAAAAAGUCGGAAAAUUUGUGCUCUUCUCUCGCAUUUCGUUGUAACUACGGUGCGUGCAUAGACGGAAACUUGAUCUGCAACGGUGUUAAAGACUGCAUUGACAAUAGCGACGAAACGCUGCCUCAAUGCGAUACUCCGGGAAUCGUCAAUGGAUCGGAAAAUCCCUCGCGAUGUAGAUCCUCUGAGUUCAGAUGCGACAGCGGAAAAUGUAUUCCCGAAAUCGAAGCGUGCGACGGAAUCCGGAAUUGCGCGGAUGGCUCCGACGAAACGCCCGCGUUGUGCNGAUCGUUACCGUGUUCGGCAUUCCGUUGCGCUUAUGGCGCUUGUAUCGAUCGUGAUCGACGAUGUAACGGAGUGGCCGAUUGCGCCGACA